UGUUGCUAUUACUAACUACUACUAGUAUCAGUUGUUCCCAUCUUCUGGCAGAUAAGAAACUGCACCAUCAUCAUAUGUUACGUUAAAGUAAAGGAUUGCAAGCUUCCCCAUCACCUCUUUCUUCUCUUUCUCCUCCUCCUCCUCCUCUUCCUCCUCUACCAAUGUUCAUGUUUCUACCUUAGAUAGUCAGCUUUAUAUAUUUUCAUUUUCAGAUAUAUUUUCAAUAUCCUCUCUCACAUAUACAUAUAUUUCCAUCCUUUCCUCUCAUCCACAGUCUUGUCCUCCCAAAGGGAAAAGAGUAUUAAUUCACCACCACCAGUGGAGUGCUUUGUUAGUUAUCAGAUAUGCUGGGUUCAUUCAGUUCUUCCCAUGAAGAAGAAGAGGACCCAUCGGAUCUGCAGUAUCAGAUUCCACAGCCAUCACGUGCGUUCUCCCCUCCAGCAAUCCAAAUGCGGCAAUUACUUAUAAGUUGCGCCGAGCUUGUCUCCCAAUCUGACUUCUCCGCCGCUCGCCGCCUCCUCUCCAUCCUCUCCUCCAACUCCUCUCCUUUUGGUGACUCAACGGAGCGCUUGGUCCACCAAUUUUCCGCUGCCCUCUCCCUCCGCCUCAGUCGCUAUGCCACACCAGCUACUAGUAGUGGAGCCAUGUCUGCUAGUGCUAAUACUGCUGCUGCAGAUUCUGAGGCGUUUCAUUCCACGUAUCUCUCCCUGAACCAAAUAACCCCAUUCAUCAGGUUCAGUCAGCUCACUGCCAAUCAAGCUAUUCUGGAAGCCAUUGAAGGGCAAAGGGCGAUCCACAUCCUGGACUUUGACAUCAUGCACGGGGUGCAAUGGCCCCCUCUGAUGCAGGCCAUAGCUGAGCGUUGUGGCAACCUUCACCCUCCUCCCAUGAUCCGAAUCACUGGAACUGGCGAAGAUUUGGGUAUACUCCAGAGAACUGGCGACCGCCUUCUGAAAUUUGCGCAGUCCCUUGGUCUCAAAUUCCAAUUCCACCCACUUCUACUCCGCAAUGACCCUACAUCUGUGCCUCUCUAUCUUCCCUCUGCGCUUCAACUACUCCCUGAUGAAACUCUUGCAGUGAAUUGUGUGCUUUAUCUGCACAGGCUCCUCAAGGACGAUUCCCGUGAUCUACGCCUCUUCCUCCACAAAAUCAAGGCCAUGGAACCUAAGGUGGUGACCAUCGCCGAGAGAGAAGCCAAUCAUAAUCAUCCACUUUUCUUGCAGAGAUUCGUGGAGGCCUUGGACCACUACACAGCCGUGUUCGAUUCUCUCGAGGCGACGCUGCCACCUACCAGUCGGGAGAGGCUGGCCGUUGAGCGAAUAUGGUUUGGAAGAGAAAUCGUAGACAUCGUGUCGGCAGAGGGAGACAACAGAAGGGAACGCCACGAGAGGUUCGAGUCGUGGGAGGUGAUGCUGAGAAGCUCCGGCUUCUCAAACGUUCCCCUGAGCCCUUUUGCUCUGUCGCAGGCCAAGCUCCUCCUGAGGCUCCAUUAUCCUUCUGAAGGUUACCGGCUGCAGAUUAUCAACGAUUCUUUCUUCCUAGGUUGGCAAAAUCAAGCUCUUUUCUCCGUUUCUUCAUGGCACUAAAAGAUCCCUUCUAGGUACCUAUUUUCUAUUCUAAGCCUUCCCAAUCCAAACCACCAGUACUUCGGAAAGAAAGAAGAAAGGGGUUAAUUUGGUUUGGGUCCUCUCUCUUUCUGCUUCAGCUGCUGGUUAAUUCCCAUAUAACCUGCAUAUAAAUAUAACCCAUAAGAAACAAUUAAAGAGUUAAUGCUAUUGAAGCCGUUUGAAGGGAGUCAUGCAUGGGAGGGCAUUGCUAAUGUGUACGUUUGCAUGCAAAAUUUUGGAAGAAACGGCUCUGAACUACCAGCCGCUUCACCAUGCACCUUUGCUCAACUGGUCUUUCUUGGGGAGCUGAAACUGAGUUUUGUUGGGUUCAAAGAGAUUAAUUGUUUCCGGCCCUUUGUCGCCUUUAAAUUUCUCUUUCUUUGUCUAUCUCACUCAGUUUAUUUAACCCUUAUUUAAUUCAAUUAAUUCCAUAACCAAAUCCUCUUCAACCUUUUGG